ACGAGGGUGCACCGAGUGCAGCUUAAGUGCAGUUUGCAUCGCGGUUGAUGCAAGUUCGACAAGCCUAAAAUUAUACACCCAUUAACUAAAAUAGACACACACAAAAAAUUAAGAAAAAAAAAUAAACUUAAAUUACUUUAAAAAAAAAUACUACCAAAAAAAAAAUAGAAAUAAAAAUUUUAAAUUAAAAAAACAACUAAAUAAACAAAACGUUUUAAUUUACCGAAAAAAGAAAAAAAACGGAAAUACCAAAAUUGCAAACUAGAAACCAACAAAAAAACGCCAUUUAACCCCCCGUUCCCCAACUGUUACCAAAAUUCAACCAAAAAAUAACCAGAAAAUAGCUAUUUUGGGCCAAAAGUUUUGUGAAAGUUUCCCAUUUAAGUUAAAUUUACCUAAAAAAAAAAAAGUGCAAAAUUUUCCAAGUGUGAAUUUCUCUCUCUUUAAAAAAAAAAAUUUAAAAAUUUAGUGUGUGUGUUUCCCAUUUUUUGGACCAGAAAACUAACCUCUGCAUCUACGGAAAACUAAAAGCAACAGCAGGAAAAUCAUUUUUUUUGGGAGAAAAUGUCAAUUUUCUAUGAAAAAGAUGACUCAGGCACAAGAUCCAGCCGACCGAACACGGGUCAAGUGGCCCUAGUUUGAAAAGGGCAAAAUAAAAAAACCACUGUUUUUUUGCGUUACAUGAACAAUUUUGCAUGAAAGUGCAGAAAGAUUGAGAAGAAAAGACAUUAGAAAUUUGACAAUUUUGUGUGAAAUUUAACCUAAAAAAAACCACGCGAACAAUUGUCAAAAAGAGGGUCCAGUUGACGCAAAGUGACCACCACGCUCCACAAAAAUAUAAAACACCAUUACACUGACACCGGAACAAACAGUUUUCAGUACCACAUUCCAUUUAGCUAGCAUUCAUUCAACAUAACCUCCAAAAAACAACAAUAUACAUAAAACUACACACAGAAAACAAUUUACACACAAAAUAACAUAAAAAACAACACACACAGAAAAAACCUAACCUCCAAUACAAAACAGAUUUUAAACAAAAAAGAGAAAAACAAAAAAAACAGAAUUCAAUUCAGCAGCAAUAAAAUACAAAAUACACAGAAAAAAAGAAAUUACACAAAAAAUUACACAAUUGACAUAAAGGGCUCAAAGUCGACAAAAAAAAAUAUAUAUAGAGUAUUAAAAUAAGAAAAAAUAAAAGUAUAUUGAAAAAAAAAAUAAAAAAGUAAAUAUUAUAUAUUGUGUAUAAAAAAUAUAAUUUAAACAACAAAAACACAAAAAAUAAUUUUAAAAAAAUACCAAGUGAUGUGAUUGAAGAGAGAAAGAGUGAGAGAGAAUUUCUAUGCUGUUUUCACGUACGAGAGAGAGAGAGAAAGAAAUAUAUUUAGAAAAAAAACAACAAACAAAACCAAAAAACAUUUUAAAAAAAAGCACUUUAAAAAAAAACCAGUUUAAAAAAAGCAAAAAUCCUCGCAUAAAAAAUGUGAUUUUAGGACAUUUUGACAAAUUUUCUAACAAGUGAAAAAAAUAUAAUUUAAAAAAAAGAACUAUAACCUUUAAAGUGAAAACUAACCUAAAAAAAGUGAAUUAGUGAAAGGCAAACCGAAAACAAAUUAAAAUUAAUUAAAAAAAAAUAAAUAUAUAUCGUGAACGGUGUUGAUAAUACAAUUUUCGUGGGCUAUUUUUUAUUUGAAAAAACAAAAAAAAAAAAACAAAAACAAAAAUCAAUAAAUAGAAAAAAAGAAAAAUAGUGAUUAGAAAGGAAAUAAAACAAAUAAUAAUGUGUGCACAAAAAGCCAUCCAAGAGACACACAUAGUGGGCUAGAAAAGAAAGAAAUAUUAAGUAAAUAUAAUUUUUUUUUUAAUUUAAAAAAUAUACAAAAAACAAAAAAUAAAACAAAUAAAAUAAAAUUUUGAGUUAUUAGACAAAAUAUUGUGUUAAAAAGAUAAAAACAAAAACCAGAACUGAGGACAACUUGUGAAAAAAUCGGGCUACAAUUCCACCAUAAAAAACCACAAGUUUAAGAGAUAUAGAGGGAGCUAGUGACGUUAAGUAGAAAAUAGUUUAAAAAAUAAAAAAAAAAAACAAAAGAUAAAAUAAAUAUUUAGACAAGAAAACCACUCGGAAGUGAUUAUUUAUUUUUCUAAAAGACUUUUUAACCAAAAAAUAACCAAAAAAUAACCAAAAUUCGUGUUAAAACAAGUUUUUUAAAAAUAUAAAAACGUUCCAGUGACUUUUUUUUGGACGAAAACUCAAGAAAAAAAAACCAUCAAGCUGCACAGAAAAAAUAAAUAAAUUUAUCAUUUAAAAAAAGACGCAGCAAAUCGAAUUAAAAAAAAAACCAUAAGUUUAUUAAAGUUUGUUAAAUUAAAAGAAAAACAAGGAUUGAAGGACAAAAAAAAAAGAAAAAAAAAUGUUGGGUGAUACAUUUCUGGGCCUAUACAGUUUUUUGUGAAACCAAAUUGUGAUUUAGAAGACAACUUAAAGAAAAAAAAGCUCUUAAACAAAAACAUAAAUUUAAAAUAAAACAAAAAAUAUAGAAAAUAACUUAAAAAAAAGAAAACUAAAUAAAAACCGUCAGAGACAAAUCCUUCGAAGAAAUUUUAAGUGAAAGAAAAACAAACAAAAAACAAACCGAAAGUUACUAACAAACAUAAUAAAAAAGAAGAUUAAGACAAAAAAUACAAGAAAAAAAAGGAAUAAUAAAACGAGAUUAUGGAAAAUUGUGCCUUAAAUUGGCCUUAUUUGAAAGCUUAAGAGAAUCUAAACUAAUUUAAAAGAAAAAGGAAAAAAAGAGAAUUCAAAAUAUCAUUUAAAAAACAAAAGAUAAAAGAAACAUAACCUUUAUAGUAGAAAGAAAAAAUUAAAAAAAAAAAAUUUAGAACAAGAACAAAAAAACCAAAAAACAAAUGUAAAGUGUUUUAAACCUGAUUGGUCAAGGGGUUAAGGGACUGGGUCUCAAUCAUUGAGACCCCCAAAAAAAUCCCCCUUGGAAGUGCUCGCACAAUUUGAAGCAGAAAAAAAAAUAAAAAAUAAAAAUCUAACCAAAAAAUAACCAAAAUCUAACCUAAACGGACCUUUUGAUAAACCAACCCUAAAAAAAAAGAAGCUAACCUUACAAAAAAAAAGAGUGACCCAAUUGAAUUCCACUGUGUAAUUUUUUCUAAUAUUUACAACAACAAAAGAAAUUAUUAAAUAAAUAAAAAAAAAAUCUAGUCAAAUUGUAAAUAAAAACGCGCUUCUGAAAGAUUUAAAAAAAAAGAAGAAGAAAAAAAGAAAACAAUGUUUAGUACAAAAAGAAACUUUAGGCUACGUUUUUACCAAAUCACUUAAACUUAGAACCAUUAACAAAAAUAAAGAUACUAUUAAAAAAUUUAAAAAAAAAAACCUAUAUAAAUAUAAAGAAAUAAAGAAAGAAAAGACUAUUUCGAGGGAUCUCUGUGUUGAGGACAUUUUGGGUGUAAUAGCCAACCAAAGUAAUUUUAAACUAAAAAAAAUAAAUAAAUAAAAUAAAAAACUAAAAGAAAAUCUGUCAAGUGAAUAAUGGCGCCAGGAUGCAGAUAGACACCUGAACCAGGAUGAGUGAAUAAGGAAAUCAAGUGUGACCGUAAAGGCCUCCCCAAAAAGUGGUGAUACUGUGUGGGGCACUUCUUUUUGUUUUUAUUUUGAAAAAAAAAAACAACACGUUAUUUGUUAAUUUUUGUUGGUUUUACUUUAAAAACAAAUUCAAAUUUACCGGUUUUUUUUGGUGUAAAACGGAUUUAUCGUUCUGGAAUUUAAUUUUGGUGCUUUAAACCGAUUUUUCAUCUUCGAUUUUUUUGUGUGUAUUUCGGCGAGGAGAAAAUUGUGAAGGCAGACCAGGGGAUCUCAUCGUACAGACCGAGAACCUAACCUCAAAAAAAAAAAAACAAAUUUGAAAAAUUCAAAAAACCUUAAGCUUCUAGCAAAGAAAAUAUAAAAAAAUAACAAAAUUAAAAAAAAAACAGCAAAAAGAGAUUAAAAAACAAAAGAUUGAGGUGCAAAGGUGGAUCACGAGACACUAAAUGCGUGGCUGUGCUCGCCUCAAACUGCCACAGAAGCUGGACAGGAGGCAUUGGACUUGAGCGCCACCACCGAAUCAAUGACGGAUGUAGAGAGAUUGUACAAAAUGAAUAGUGCCGGUGACUUCUGGCGUCAACCGCCACCACAGAUGCCAAUUAAGGCACCAGAUAGUCCACCACCAUCACAACCAUCGGCUCCAGGUGCCCUAUCACCGAGCCUACAGCAUCAGUUGCUAGGUCAAAUACCACAGCACCUUCAGCAACAACCGUGUACACAGUCACCAACACCUGGUGGAUCCGGUACCCCAGACACCAAGCCAACCACCGAAAAGCUCGUCAAUGAAUUUCAGCAGCAACUGACGCGAUCCAAUAGUGCAGCGACGAUCAGUGAGCGAACAUUAGAAGAAUGCUGGUCAACCCUGCAACGAGUGAGUUGGCAUCUCUUCCGUUGUAUCUUCAUGCACAAGAGCGCCAUGCAGAUGCAGCAUGCCCGGGAUCUCCAGCGAGGUGUGGGCGUCAGUGGGCUCAGUGGAUCUGGCAUGGGAACAGAAGUGAAGCCACAUCAGUGUCAGCAGUGUCUAAAGAGUUUCUCAAGCAAUCAUCAGCUCGUCCAGCACAUUCGUGUUCACACUGGCGAGAAACCCUACAAGUGCUCAUACUGCGAUCGCAGAUUCAAGCAACUAUCCCAUGUUCAGCAACACACCAGACUCCAUACAGGAGAACGUCCGUACAAAUGUCACUUGCCUGAUUGCGGUCGAGCUUUCAUUCAACUGUCAAAUCUGCAGCAACACUUGAGAAAUCAUGAUGCCCAGGUGGAACGCGCCAAAAAUCGUCCUUUCCACUGCAAUAUCUGCGGGAAGGGUUUCGCAACGGAGUCCAGUUUGCGGACCCACACGUCCAAGGUCAGUCAUGAGUUACAGCUGCAUCUUGGUGUCUUGCAGCAACAUGCAGCCCUAAUUGGCGGUCCAAAUGCCACAUCAUGUCCAAUCUGUCACAAACUCUUCCUCGGUGGUGAGGCUCUGAUGGAGCACAUGAAGCAUACGCACAAGGAUCCAAAUGCUUCCGGAGUGGCCAUUCGCUCAUCACCCACUGACCCCUACUUAGCCAAGAGGCGAACCGCCAAUCAUCCUUGUCCAGUCUGUGGGAAGCACUAUGUCAACGAGGGCUCCCUCAGGAAACAUCUGGCGUGCCAUCCGGAAACCUCACAGCUCACCACUAGCCUCAGGAUGUGGCCAUGUUCAGUGUGCCAGGCUGUCUUUACCCAUGAAGCUGGUCUACUGACGCACAUGGAGCACAUGCGAAUGGAUCCUAAGCAUCAGUUUGCGGCUCAGUACGUUCUGUCACGGGCCGCGGCGGAGAGGCGUGAACGGGAUACACUUUUGGCGGCUGCAGCAGCUGUAUCGGCAUCAAAUAACAGUUUACUGGCCAUUGGUGGUGGUCAGAAUAGUAUGUGUCCAUCACCAUCUGCCCAUUCGGAUAGUUCGAGUGGCGGCGGGAGGCUAUCUAGUGCCGGAAGUGAUCCAGGUGGUGGUGUUCUCAAUAACAAUAAUAACAAUUGUAGCAGCAAACUUAGCGAUAUCCUCAGGGGUGCCAAUAAUGGACACCUACAGCAGUACAAUGUGGACGAAAUGCACGCCAAUCGGAUGGCAAUGGUGGCGGCUGCAGCGGCUGGUGUUGAUGGUAAUGCAGCGGCGGCUGGUGCUGUUCAGGCGGCUGUUGUCAAUUUAGCGGCUGCCAUGAGGAUGCAGCAGCAACAGCAACAGGUUCAACCACAAGCCCAAGUGCCACCAACACCACCAGCCGCCCCAAAUAAUGGACAAACGGCUACACAGCCACCCGCCGCCUCGCCCACCGAUGACGAUGGCGCCCAGGCUGCUGCACAGGCAGCCAUGAAUGCCAUGAGAGUAUCCAUGGCCGAUACCAUGAUGCGAUCAUCAAUUGGUGUCGACCCCAUUCAUCAUCAGGGUCACCAUCAGAGUCAGAACUCUCCCGAAGCUGCACUACGCAUCCAACAGGCUGAGGCCAUUCUGCGAUCACAGGCAGAAGCUGCCCUUCGGCUAGCUGUCAGUCAGGCAGCUGCUGUUGCGGCAUCUGGUAGUUCAACUGGUAGUGCUACAUCAAAUGGUGGUGCCACCACGAGUCUCAGUAAUUUUCACCAAGCACCAGCUGUCAGUGCCAGUCAGCAACCGUCAUUGCAGCAACAAAUGUCACCUGAAUUGAGUGAAGCACUGAGAUUGGAGCAUGCACUUCGACUCGAUCCGCGCGCCCUAACCUUCACACUAUCUAGUCAUGUACAACAACAACAACAGCAAUCCCAUGGGGCUGCCCAUCAGGCCCAUCAGGCCUCCUGAAGCCCAGACAUCGCCUCAGAGCCCAAUCAUCAUCAGGCUCUUGGGCGACUCCUCGGCACCAAGGAUACAUCAUCCCACCAGGCUGCCAUUUUGGGUGGCUUCUUCUAACUGGCUGUCGCGCCAUCUAGCGGCACAAUAAAAUUAAAAAGAAAAAUUAACAAAAUGGACACAAUCAAAACAAAACAAAAGUACGGUGUGACGUCUUUUCUUGAUUUUUUCUUCUUUUCUAUUUUUUUUUAUUUUAAAUUUUUUUUGGUUUCUUAGAGCCGAAAAAACAAACAGUUAGGUUAUGGAAUUAAAGAGUUAUUUCCUCAAUAUUUUUUUAGGUUAUUUGAUAAUUAACCUCAAAAUUAGCCACAAGAAAAAUAUAUUUAGAUUUUUUUUUUAAAAAAAUUUUAUUUGAAAAUUUUAACAUAACAAAAAUAACCUAAAAAAUGGUGAAUUAUUUAAAAAAUAUUUAAAAAAAAAAAAAGAAAAAAAAGUGCCCUAACCUUUCUGUAUGCCGUGCAAUUCCUUUUUUAAUUAUCCUUUAUUUAGUAAAAAAAAAAAGAAAUUUAAAAUGAAAGAAAUAAGGUUAGAAUUUUUAUUUAAUUUUUUUUUUUGUUUUCUGUGAUUGACUUUAGUCACACCAAUCUCUAAUUUUUAGGGAAAACAAAUGUGAUUUGAAUGCAAUUUUUACAGAAGGUUCGUUUUGUUUAGUUUAAGGUUAUAACCCUUUUUUUUAUUUUUUAAGAACUACUAUUUUGAGGUUAUGUUGAUCAUUUUUUAUGUUUUUUUUUUGCAUUAUUUCUUCGAUUACUUUCCUUUGCCAAUCACAUCGGUAAAAGUACAAUUUUGCAAAUGAAAAGUCAUUUGCAGCACAAAUUUAGGUAAAAAAAAAAACAAACAAAAAAAAAGGAGAACCAUUUAAAAUUAAAAAAAAAAAAAACAAACACAAAUCAAUAAAGAAUAGCCUCUAAAUAUUUUUUGUGAGGUUAUGUGGUGGGAUUGACAGAUAUUUCUUUAUAUAGAUGCAAAAAAAAAAACACAACAAAAAUCCGAAAAAGAUGAAAUGAAACGCACGAGAUAGAGAAAAACUUGAAAUAAAUUUAAAAAAAAAACCACAAAAUGGACGUUGAAUAGAGUUGAAUAAAAACAAAAAAGAAAAGAAAAUAUAAGCCCUCCAAAGAUUCCCCCAAUACCUCAAAUCCCAAUUCCCCAUUCACCCUUUCUACCCAUCAUAUUUUUUUAUUUAAAUAAAAAACAAAAACUUUCUCAAAAAACCAUAAUUUUAUCAAAAUGGCUACUUCCUAGCCAUAAUCUUCAAAAAACAAACAAAACAAAAAAAAAUAAGAGAAAACAAUUUUUGGCGCGAAGCUAAACCACUAAGUAGGCACAUAAUAUUUACUUUUAUUCAUUUCAUUUAAAAUAUUAAACAAAAAAAAAAACAAAAAUUUUUCGAACAUUGUUUUUUUUUCAAAAACAAAAAAAUUAUUCAUUUUAAAAACUAAAAGUAAAAACGAGACACAGUAUAUAAGUAAUUAAUGGCACAUUGUGUGGAAGAAUGCAGAAUUAAAAUAGAAUUAGGUGAAAAAUAAGUAAUGAAAAAAAACAAAAAAAAAACAAAGAAUAAAUUGAGGUUAAAACAACAAAUCAAGUCUCAGAUUUUGACACAGCUAGAAGGUCUCAAUGGAUAGAAAAAGCCUAUUCAUAACCUCAAAGUAACUCGAGAAAUUUAUGGUAGUAAAAUUUAUGUAUCGGAAAAUUUUCUAACCUCAAAAUGGUGUAGUUAAAAGCGCAGAGAAAGACUUCAGAAGAUUCCUAACCUUUAAAUUGGAAACACAGAAACGGUAGAAGUGCUCAGGAAGCUUCAAAAUUUGUCAAAAUUCCACAGAAAAAGCGUUGGUAUUCAUUUUAAAAUUUUAUAACCUCCAAAUAGGAAGUUAAAAGCUCUGAGAAAAUCUUCAGAAAAUUCCUGACCUUCAAAUUGACAUCAUAGAAGCGCAAAAAGUGCUCAGGACGCUUCUGAACUGUGAAAAUUCCACAGAAGAAGCGUUGAUACUUAUUUUAAGAUUUCCUAACCUCAAAAUAGGGAAGUCAAAAGCGAUGAGAAAAGCUGCAGAAGAUUCCUAACCUUAAAAUUGAAAUCACAGAAGCACUAAAAAGGGUUCAGGAAGCUUCCGAACUGUCGAAAUUCGACUCUAAAAGAGUACAUGUUCAAUUCAAAAUUCCCUAACCUCCAAAUAGGUAACUUAUAAGUGGCUAGAAAAGCUUCAGAAGAUUCCUAACCUUUAAAUUGACAUCACAGAAGCGCUAAAAGGGCUCAAGAAAAUUCAUAACUGUAAAAAUUCUACAGCAGAAGCGUAGGUACUUAUUUUAAAAUGUCCUAACCUCCAAAUGGGGAAGAUAAAAGUGCAGAGAAAAACUUGAAAAGAUUCCUAACCUUUAAAUUGGAACCAUAGAAGAGCUAAAAGGGAUCAAAAAGCUUCCAAAGUGUUAAAAUUCCACAGAAGAAGCGAAUAUAUUCAACUCAAAAUUUUCUAACCUACAAAUAAGCAAUUUAAAAGCGCUAAGAAAAACUUCAGAAGAUUCCUGACCUUCAGAUUGAAGUCACAGAAGCGCAAAAAGUGCUCAGAACGCUUCUGAACUGUGAAAAUUCCACAGAAAAAGCAUUCAUAUUUAUUUUAAAUUUUUAUAACCUCAAAAUAGGGAAGUCAAAAGCGAUGAGAAAAGCUUCAGAAGAUUCCUAACCUUUAAAUUGAUGUCACAGAGACAUUAAAUGUGCUAAUGAAGCUUCCAAAUUGUCAAAAUUCCACACCAGAAGCAUUGAUAUUCAAUUCAAAAUUUUCUAACCUCCCAAAAAGGCAACUAAUAAGCACUGAGAAAAGCUUCAGAAGAUUCCUGACCUUCAAAUUGAAACCACAGUAGCGAUAAAAGUACUCAGGAAGCUUCAAAACUUUCAAAAUUCCACUGAAGAAGAGGAGAUAUUUAUUUAAAAAUGUCCUAACCUCCAAAUAGGGAAGUUAAAAGUGCAGAGAGAGAGACUUCAGAAGCUUCCUAACCUAUAAAUCGAAAUUACAGAAGGCAAAAAGUGGUCACGAAGCCUCUAAAGUGUCAAAAUUCGACUACAGAAGCGUAGAUAUUUAUUCCAAAAUUUUCCUAACCUCCAAAUAGGGAAGUCAUAAGCGCUGAAAGACACUUUGGAAGCUUCAGAAGAUUCCGAAACUUCACAUUGAAAUCACAGAAGCGCAAAAAGUGCUCAGAAAGCUUCAGAACUGUGAAAAUUCCACAGAAGAAGCGUUGAUACUUAUUUUAAGAUUUCCUAACCUCAAAAUAGGGAAGUCAAAAGCGAUGAGAAAAGCUUCAGAAGAUUCCUAACCUUCAAAUUGAAAACACAGAAGCGCCAAAAGUGCUCAGUAACCUUCCGGACCGUCAAAAUUCGACUGCAGAAGCAUUGAUACUUAUUUUAAAAUUUUAUAACCUACAAAUAAGCGAGCUAAAAGCGCUAAGAAAAACUUCAGAAGAUUCCUGACCUUCAAAUUAAAAUCACAGAAGCGGUAGAAGUGCUCAGGAAGCUUCUGAUCUGUCAAAAUUCCACAGCAGAAGCGUUGAUAAUUACUUCUAAAUUUCCUAACCUCCAAAUAGGAAAGUUAAAAGUGCUAAGAAAAGUUUAAGAAGAUUCCUAACCUUCAAAUCAAAAUCACAGAAGCACUAAAACUGCUAGAGAAGCUUCUAAAGUGUGAAAAUUCAAUUGCAGAAGCAUUGAUAGUUAUUUUCGAAUUUCCUAACCUAGAAAUAGGAAAGUUAAAAGCGCAGAGACAGAAUGUAGAAGCUUCUCAACCUUUAAAUUGAAAACACAGAAGCGCCAAAAGUGCUCAAGAAGCUUCCGGAUUGUCAAAAUUUAACAGCAGAAGCGUAGAUAUUCUUUCCAAAAUGUCCUAACCUCAAAAUAACGAAGUUAAAAGCUUCUGAGAAAAGCUUCAGAAGAUUCCUGACCUUCAAAUUGAAAUCACAGAAUGCAAAAAUUUCUCAGGAAGCUUCUAAAGUGUCAAAAUUCGAUUGCAGAAGAGUAGAUAUUAAAUUCAUAAUUUCCUAACCUCUAAAAUAGGCAAGUCACGAACGCCGAGAAGGACUUCUGAAGCUUCCUAGCCUUUAAAUUGAAACCAUAAAAGCUAUAAAAGGGAUCAAGAAACUUCCGAACUGUCAAAAUUCUACAGAAAAAAGCGUAGAUAAUUGUUUUAAAGUUUUAUAACCUCUGAAUAGGCAUGUCAAAAUCGCAGAGAAAAGCUUCAGAAGCUUCCUAACCUUUAAGUUGAAACCACAGAAGCGCAAAAAGUGCACCAGAAGCUUCAGAACUUUCAAAAUUCCACAGAAAAAGCGUAGAUACUUAUUUUAAAAAAUUCCUAACCUCUAAAUAAGCAAGUUAAAUAGCGCUCAGAAAGACUUCAGAAGCUUCCUGACCUUCAGAUUGAAGUCACAGAAGCGCCAAAAGUGCUCAGGAAGCUACUGAACUAUUCAAAUUCAACAGCAGAAGAAUUUAUAGUUAUUUCAAAGUUUCCUAACCUCCAAAUAAACAAGUUAAAAGCGGUGAAAAGGACUUCAGAAGCUUCCUGACCUUCAGAUUGAAGUCACAGAAGCGCCAAAAGUGCUCAGGAAGCUACUGAACUAUUCAAAUUCAACAGCAGAAGAAUUUAUAGUUAUUUCAAAGUUUCCUAACCUCCAAAUAAACAAGUUAAAAGCGGUGAAAAGGAAUUCAGAAGCUUCUUAACCGCCAAAAAUAGAGUCGCAAAAGCACUGAAGUCACUCAAAUAGGGUAAAAUGAUAUAAUUUGGAACAAUUUCGAGAGACUUAAACUUUGACAGAAGAGAGCACAAAUAAAUUUGCUUCUUGACUCUUCUGGGAUACAACUAUUUCAUGGAAAUGCCUAAAAUAUGUUUUGAAAAAUUUUAAAAUUAAAAAAAAAAAAUACAUGAGUGCAGAAUAAUAUAAUUCGGACAAGGUUGGUGCCAAAAUUGGACAAGAAGAAUUUUACAAUUUGGACAAUACGUAUUGAAUACAUUCAUAAAUAUAUUGUACAUAAUUUUAAUAAAAUAUUUUGAAAAAAGAAAAAAGAAAACAUUCUGGGGAAGAUUGUGCAGUUUCGUGCUGAAAAAAGCGUUCAAGAUUUAAGUUUUUUUUUGAUUUUGAUUUGGUUAAUAAUUUUCGGGUUAUACUAUUGUUCGAGACGGGUAAAUUUAUAUAUUUCUUCCGGGUCGGGGGUCAGGUACGGGUCAAAUCCAUUGCGGAUGCGAGUUGAAAAAAACCCAAAAACCCAAAGCCCAAUCCGUGCAGGGCUCUAUGUAAAAUGCUACAAUUUGGAAACAAAAUUAUUCCAAAUGGAGACAAGGGAAAGUUUCUAAUUAGAGACAAACAGUCAGGGCCGGAUUUAGAAAUGUGGAGGCCCAAUGCCCAUUUGUGGGGCCCCUGAAAACUUUUACGUUUUUCAACAGAGCCAUUGCUUUUAAAAUUUUAUACAAUAUAAUGCUUUCCAUUCUACAGGUAAAUUUAACCCUCUAAUGUCCAAUUUUUAAAUAUGCAAAAAACAGUAGUAUCAUAAUUUUUUCCAGGCUCAUUAGGGUCCAAUAAACUCAAAAAAUACCAUCCGUUUUUUAUUAUCUCUUUUAGUUUAGGCGCUAGCUGCGAAAAUAUAAAAAAAAAAUUCGAAACCCUUUUUCCUUUUCAAACUUACAUUUAAUUUUUUCAUUGUUUUUUUAAAUUAAAAUUUAUAAAGUAGAACGACAUAUCUUUGAGUAAAAAAUAAAUUUAUUUUAGUCCGAUUAGGGGAAGUGCUUAUAAUUUUGGACAGUCUGCAUAUAAGCAUCGAUAUCCUAAGUUUGAAGUGCCAUAUUUUCAAUACUAAUUGACAUUUCUUGUUACUCUCUUUUCAGAAGGGUUGUUUAGACACUUAGCAAGCUAUUUGUCGUCUUAUUUUUACUAAAAUUAGUUUUAAUACGUUUAAAAAUGAAUUGAUAUGUAGAGGUGAAUUUGACUCUUAUUUUGGACAACUUGGUUAUUAAUUUUUACAACUUGUCUGUAAAUUUGGACAGAUAAUCCGCCUCAACAGGAUGCCCACUGUUCUUCAUUUGAUGAAGCAAUCUUACCAAGUCCUCUUCCUGUUCAUGGAAAGGAAACGUAGAAUGUCACAAGAAGCCCAGAAACUUUCCAUAUCAUUCAUUAAAGUGAGUUGACUUCGGUACUCCAAGUACGUGCGUAUUCGCUCAUUCCCUGACCUUUCCGGGAGCCUUUCAAAGAUUUUCUCGCUACAUCUCUUUCGUAGAGAUGAUGCUCCUUCAUUUCUCCAGGCAUUUGUCCAACCUAGUCAUCACAAAAGCUAAAACUUCACGAAAUUUCGUGAGAAAAACACCUGUCCAAAAUAAGAGCCAUCACCUCACUGGUGAAUGUCCUAAAAAAUUUCCCAUUUUUCACACGAAAAAUCUAAUUCAAAAGGCAAAUCUCACUUCAGAUCAAAUGUACAAAUCACCACUAACGUGAAUCAACACAAUUUUCAAUGAGUAUUCAAUAAUAUCACUCAAAAACAGCGAACAAACUUUGUUAGUACUUCACCAAAACUAAAUAAGACUGAAGUAAGCCACGAAGUUCUGUCAUAUUUCUCUUCUGCAAUUGCUCACACUGAAUUUUCAACAAAGCAAUUUUAACUCAAAUCAUAUUCAAAAUUUAACGUAUUUAGUGUCAAAAUCUUCCAAAAAGAACAAAUAUUUAGAUAGAAUUCAUUUUUCAUCAAAUAUUGGAAUAAAAAUCCAUCAUUUUAAUGAAUUUAUUUUGAGUGUCCAAUUUUACCCUCAAAGUGUCCAAAUUUAGAAACUGUCCAAAAUUAUGAGCACUUACUCUAUUACCUACUUAUUUUCCAAAAUUGAUGCACUUGGAAAUAUUUCUAAAAUGAUUUGGAUUCCCUAAAUACCAAUCCACUAUCCGUUUUAGCAUUUUCCAAAUAUUCUUCUCUCCAGAAAUCCUUUUAUUAAAAAUGGCCACUUGGGGUAAAAAGUAACAAAAGGUAUAGAGCUAAAAGUAACAAGAAGCGAAGCAAUUUCAGAUGUCUCACGGCGAAAAGAAAUGUCAUUACCAUGUCUUGCCGUUUGUUGUUUGCAUUGGUCAAACGAUUUGUAAUCUUUUGUGUAUUUUUUUCUAAAAUAGCUUGAAAAACGGUUUUCUCGUUCAGAAAGAGAAAACGGUGUUUUACAAAGGUCUAGAUGAAUAAAUUUUUUAAUGAAAAUAUGUCCUUUAGGUAUUUUUUUUUUCAAAUUUACGGAAACCCAUAAUGAAGCGAAUCAAAAUAUGAUAAUACCCAAUGGUCUGAUACUAUUUGCCCCAACAUUUUUUUGAGAAUGGUCACAAGAUUACCUUUUAGAAAUCGGCUCAAUAAACGUAUUUUCUUAUUAAAAUACAGCAAAAAUUACUUCCACAAAGUUGUAGAGCGGUAAAUUUCUUAUAAAACUGCGCUAAUUAGAAAUUUCUGAAGCGCUCGAGUAGCUUGCAAAAAAAUAAAAUACACAUUUUGUGACUUUUUGCCCCAGUCUCCCCUAUUAUAACACUUUUAAAUAAAUAAAACCUUUAUUGUCGCUGUAUAUAUUAUUUUUGUUAUGCUACCCUGGAGUGACUCUUAGGGCCCAUUUAUAGCUAUGUAAAACACCGGUGUAAUACCGAGAAAACAGUAUAAUUAAUCAAUUUUUUGCCUAUCAAUUAGACAAGUUCAGUGAAAUUAUAUCUUUGAAAUUUUGAGUGAUUCGAACUCUGAUUCAAUUCAUUUAAAUAAAUUUAACAAGUGGAUACAAAAAAAAAAAACGCAAAACAAGAAAUUUUACUAAAUUCUCAGACUCGAAAGCACAAUACUUUUUCCAUAAGUUAGACCAAUAAAGAACUUUCAAAAUUUAGGUAAAUUAUGCGAAGGUACUUUUCGGACUGAGCACAUUGUUUUAUUUUAUUUUUUAUUGUUGUUAGUCAAUUUUUUACGAUUUUUAAUAAAAUUGAACUUGUCCAUAAUGCCUACGCAGCUCAACUCUCUCAAAAUAUCUGUUUCUGAACUAAAAAUUAUCCGCUAGGGUAAGUGUGCCAAAUUUCGGCAUAGUUGCAUGCAAGCGCCAAAGUCUCAAGUUUGAAAUGUAAUAUUUUUUAAUACAAAUUGAUUUUUUUAUUUCUUAUUCUUAAGAAGCGUUGCUAGGAACCUUGUAGACAGUUUACCGUCUUUAUUUGCUCUAAAAUCAUUCUUAAUACAUUUUAAAAUCAAUAAAAAUGUAGACAUAGCUUUGGUGGCCUAUUUCGGCCACCUUCAUUCACAUAGUUCCUUGCCUUUCAGGAAUUCUCCCAAAGCCUUUUUCACGUCAUGUCGUUUGUCGAAGAUACAUUUCUUGUUAUUUUUUGCAUUUUAUAAUCUCUAGAGUAUGUAAAAACUAAAAAUUUAUGGAAAUUUGAGGAACACAAAAGGUGGCCGGAAUUGCAAGCUGGCCGGAAUUUGGCACACUUACCCUAAUUGUUGGUAGGGAAUUUAUUGUGGUUGAAAUGAGUUUUUUUCUUAUUGAUUGAUUAUUCAUUCUUAAACUCGUCUAAAUUAUUUCGCGCCUAAUAUUUGAAUGUUAACGAAUUCAUCAUGUGCCCCGGAUACAUUUGUGGAGGCCUCAAUAGGAAAAAGGAAACAAAAUAUUGCAAAAGGAAUAUUUUAAAUAAAUAAAUGACUCUGUGAGGACUCAGUAACUCAGACAGAAAACGCAAAGUAGUAGAAAAAUGCCUAAUAAAUAAAAUAAAUAAUUUUGAGUGGAGGCCUCAGCACAAGAAAAAAAGGAAACAUUUUCCAAAGUGCAAGCCACUUCAACUUUUUUCAUAUUGUUGGACAUUAAAUGCUCUUAUAAUAGUAAACUUUUUAAAUGUGGAGGCCCCUAAAAUGUGGAGGUCCGGUUCCUUGGCCUCAGGGAACCCACCUAAAUCAGGCACUGAUUGCGGAUGCGAGUUGAAAAAAACCCAAAAACCCAAAGCCCAAUCCGUGCAGGGCUCUAUGUAAAAUGCUACAAUUUGGAAACAAAAUUAUUCCAAAUGGAGACAAGGGAAAGUUUCUAAUUAGAGACAAACAGUGCAAGUGAAACUGUAACGAAAGGCUUCCAAAUUAGCAUUCCAAAGUAGGAUUUAUUCUUAUAACCUGUGGGUGAAUUCUGAGAUGCGUGAGUUUUUCACGUGAGAAAUUCACGGCUGUGAGAUCACCUUUAGUAUGCAUUUUGCCAAAGCUUUCGUAAAAACUUUCAUGUAAAUUCUUAGAUGCUGUAAGUGCUUCACGUGAGAUUUUUUUUUUGUGAAAACUUCACCAAAGGCUUACAGGAAACGAUCUAAAACCCGUGAGUUUCUCACGUGAAAAACUCACGCAUCUCAGAAUUCAUACCCUGGUCUUUUCACCUUUUCUAUUUGCAGAGAGUUCAGAAAAGUCCUUUUCAUUCAUGAAAUACCGGAAAUAAUAAAGUUUAACACUUAAUUUAACUAAAAUUAACCAGAAAUAUUACACAAAUGUAAAAAAAAAAUGAAUAAACAAGUCACCUCAUUGUGUUUUUCGUUGGAAAACUUGGUCGAUCAAUGAAAAAUACAAUUAUAAAAAAGGUACACUUUGAAUUUUACUGUGAAAUUAAAUUAAAAUUUUGUGAUUAUGAUUGGUUUUUCGCUUUAUUUGAAAGCAAAAUUAACUAAAUUAUUAAACUGUGGUAUAGAAAAUAUAUAAAUAUAAUAAUUCAAUACUGUAUUUACCAUGAAAACAGUGACGUUUCCAUUUAGAGUAGCGAAAAAUCUCCAUUUAGAUUAGAUUUCAGUUUUCAGUUUAUUUCCUGCCUUUUGGAUCCAACGAUCCUUUCUAAAAGACUAUUAUGUACCAGAGCAAGUUUUGAAUUAGCAUUACCCUAAUCGAUUCUUAGUUUAUCUUACAAAUAUGGACAAGUACUCUUCUGUUCAAACGUUCAUGUGAAUUUUUCUUUAAUUUUUCCUUGAGAAAUGUGUAAAUUUCUUGGUGAAAAAUAAAAGAAAAUUCGCAUUAUUCGAAGGAUUCGAAGUCAUGAACAAUUCAUUUUGAUUUUCCUAUUUAAUAGUUCAAUAAAUUUCCUUGAGUACUUUGAGGUUAUGGUUAUGACAUUCAGCUGCUAAAAACAAUCAAUGAAAAAAAGAAAAUCUGAGAAUACAGUGUCCGCCAUUUUAAAACGACUGUUAGAAUAAUAAUGCCAUUUAGUUCACCAUCCUCAGUUACAAAUGUUAUUUAAAACGGAUAAAUACAAAAUGGCCUAGGAGCACCACAGAGGGCGGUCCUAUGUUUUGGUGUCUAGGCCUGCAAUUAGGCGUUUUUUUUUUAGAAUUUAGUUUUUUUUUUUCAAUAUAAAUAAAAAUUAACCCCGAUUAAUAAUUCAAACUCUAAAUACUUCCCAAAUGUACCAAACCAAUUCUUUAGAGCUGUCACCUAGGUUGACCUAUGUGACCUCUAUAGGUUGGCUCCCCAGCACAAAGCCCCUUGAUUAGGUGAAUUCGAUCAUGAAAGAACAACUGAUGCACUUUAUUUAAAAGUGCACCUAAAAUUGCCGGUUCAAUGUGAAUUUAUAAAAAACAAAAAAAAAUAGGAGAAAAAAAGUAAAAUUAAUAGAAAUAGUGAAGGAAAAAUAAUAAAAUGAAUGGAUAAAAGAGAAAAUAGAAAGAAUAACAAAAAGAAAAUAGUGAAAGUGUUAGCAUUUAAGGUAAGGUUUAGAUGUUAAGGGAUAAUGAAAGAAAAAAGAAAAACAAAAAAUAGGAUUUAGUUUUUGGGAAUGUAGGUUUUAAAGGUGGCCUAUAUUCAACUUUUUUUAAUUUAUUCAUUUUCUACAGCAAAAAAAGAAAAAACAAAACACCUAGCUCACAAGAUUAACCACGAAGUUAAAACAAAUAAAAAAAAAACAGAGGAAAUAGAAAAUAAAAUAGUUUGCAAUAGCCCAUAAAUGUCCCCCAAAAAGAGACAUUCUCAGUUAAACAGAAAACAAACAAAAUGUGAGGUUAGAUUCGACCUAACCUCACAAAAUAACCAAUACACCUUUUUUUCUAAAAGGUUAUUGAAGAAAAAACCAAACUCUUAAACACAGUAUUAAACCAUAACAACUUUAAAAAACAAAAAACAAUAAAAAAUAGCCCGAUAAAUGUGAAAUAGAGUGGAAGAUGGAAAAAUGGCGGAAAAAAACAGAAGGAUAACCUUAAAAAUAAAUCCAAAAUAGAUCGAAUUUUGCCAUUUUCCAUCAAUUUUCUCAAAUUUAAUUUUUAUUUAAUUUUUCUUUUAACAAUUUUCCAUUCUAUGUUCUUUUUUCUAUAUUUUUUUCUUUUAAUUGACAGUCUCACAAAUAUGAGAAAACAAAUGUGCAAUACAUCGUUUUAUUUCAAACAAAACAACAAAAUGAAAACAGUAAUUAAAACUCAAUAAAAAAAAACCAAGCAAAAUGCAAUAGCCCAGAAAAAUAUUGUUAUCAAUUAAGAAAGAGUGUGUUUUUAGAGGAUAAAUGCAGAUAAAAAAAAACAAUAGAAUGAAAAAACACUAAAAAAAAAAAAAAGUAAAAGUGAGGUUAUAUAGACAUAAUAAUUCCCAAAAUAAAAAAAACAAUUUGAUGUUCAUCCAUUUUUUCUAUAUUUUGGUGAUACUUUUUGCCAGCCAUAACCUCAAAAUAUUUUUUAACAAUUACCUUGAUACUAUGGCUGUCAAAAUAUCUCCUAAAAUAGACUCCGCCCCCUUUCCCGCCCCGAAACAUAACCCCAAAAACUCAAUUCUUUUCCUCCCUUUCACAGCAAAAAGCAAAAAUAAAACAAAUAUCAACUUGAAAAAAAAAAACAUAGACUAACAUAGCAAGGAGCCCAAAAUGUCGCGCUGAGUUGCAAAAAAAAAUAGCCCAGAAACAGAUUUAUAAAAAAAAAACAAAAUACAAAUUAUUUCACAGUAAACACACAACAAAACCAAUAAACAAAAAAAUACUAUGUUGAUAGUCACAAGAGAUCAGUGUAAUCCAGCAAACAGAAAAAACAAAAAACAUAGACAUUCGAUGUCCCAAUGUCUAAUUGAAUUAUUAAAACAAAAACCACAAAAAAAAAAUAAAAAAGAUUUAAAAAAAAAAUCUCUUAUAGUAGAUAUGUAAGUCAAAUGUAGAAUUACUUUUAGACAGCAAACAUAAACAAUAGCCCAGAAUUAAUUAAUUAAAUGACAAGAAAAAAAUAACUAAGAAAAAAAAAACCAAACAAAAAAUAAAUAAAACAGAAAGUUUUACAGCAAAAAAAAAACAAA